AUGAAUUAUUUAUGCUUGAAUAUUAGAGGGGCGGGGGAGGAGGAGAAGGCUAGAUGGGUCAGAAGAUUAGUGGCGGAGAAUCGUGUAUCGUUCAUGGCGAUUCAAGAAACACAAAUGGCAGAUAUGUCAGAUAGGUUGGUAUCUCGGUUUUGGGGUAAUACACAUUCGGAUAUGUUUUUUGUAAAUGCUUCGGGGAGAUCGGGUGGGCUUUUUUCCAUUUGGAACACCCAUGCUCUCUUUGAUACCUCAGUGGUAGCCGGGAAUCAUUUUAUUAUUGUGACUGGGAAUAUUCAUGGGGUGGAGGGGAAGAUAAACAUUUGCAAUGUUUCCGCGCCUAAUAAUGCGACGAGAAGGAAACAGUUAUGGUCCGAGUUGUUGGAGAUUAGGUGUCAGUUGAGUGGUCCUGUUAUCUUCCUUGGAGACUUUAACGAAGUUCGGUACAUUGAGGAAAGGCGUAACUCCAACUUUGACGCAGGGGGGCCGUUGGCUUUUAAUAAUUUUAUUAGGGAGGCAGGGUUAAUGGAAUAUACGUUGGCUGGCGGCAAUUUUACGUAUAUUUCAGACGAUGGGUUUAAGUUGAGUAAGUUGGACCGUGUGCUUGUGUGUGAUAGUUUUAUGUCGUUGUGGCCACACGCUAACCUUAAGGCUCUUUGUCGUGAAUUAUCGGACCACAGGCCGCUUGUUCUUUCUUGCGAAUUGGUCGACUUCGGGUCAAUUCCUUUUAAAUUCUUUAGUUAUUGGCUUGAGGUGGAAGGUUUUUCGGAACUGAUCAAAGGGGUUAUUAGAGAAGGGGUAAGGUCGAUGGAAGGGGAUAAGGCUUUAGUGGAGCUUUUCAAAAAGUUGAAAGCCAAGAUUAAAUUGUGGAGGGAAUCUGUGAAAGCUUUGGAGGGUGCUAAAAAAGCCUUGGCUAUUCAAGAAUUGGAAAAAAUAGAAAAGAUCGCUGAAGUAAGAGAUUUGGUCAAAAGUGAAAAGGACAAUAGAGUUUCUUGGAAGCAAAACAUUAAAAUGAUGGAGAAAAGAAGGAAUUAUGAACUGAGACAAAAAUCUAAAACUAACUGGGUUCAAUAUGGGAUGAAAAUUCCAUUUUUUUCCACAAGUGGAUAUACUAUAGCAAAAUGGUUAAAAGGAUAA